UUCACUCGGCGUCCCGACCGCUAUCAGUAUGCUCGGACAGUGCGACAUCAUUCUUCUGGUCUCCUGCGUGUUGUCGGCGGGCUUCGCUGCCAACAGGGACACCGUCGGCCCGUUCUCCAAAGCCUCGAGCGGAAAGUGCGCGCCUAAGCCCAAUUCGUACGGCAUCGGAAACCGGGCGACCUGCACAUUCACCCGGGUGCUGGACAUCGACUCCCACAGGAUGCCGCCGGAAAUACCCAGCGUCAAGUGCAAGUGUCCCGGAAACCUGUGCAGCCCCACGGGUGACUUCCGGUGCCAGGAAGUGAAGGAAAAGAUCAGGGUGUCCUACCCGCGCUGGAGAGACGGUUCGUGGUGGUCGGUGCAAAACAAGACCUUAGACGUGACCACGGCCUGUAUUUGUGCCAUGAGCCAAGCUGUAGAGGCGUAUGACGACACCGACAGAACGUUGGACGUGAUGUACAACGGAGUUCGUUGAUGUCGGGGAGGUAACAACGGCAUUAGGCACGUCCCCCUCUCUCUCGCUAUUUUUCCAUAGUGAUGGACAGUAUCCGCAUGUACAGCCAGGUGUUUGUUACUGGCUACACGUGUGAACGUUGUUACGGGCACCGUCAUCGACGUGCGCUGUGUGGCUCGCGUUGUUUGGCAUUUGGUGUACUAGCUUUUUGACUGUGGUUUAUAGAAUUCCGCUGAGCUGCGGAAAACUGUAGAUAGGCCAGACAGACUGGUGUCUUAAUGACGUAGUCGGAGAGGGUUGUUUCAUUGAAUAUACCCUCCCCGACAGAAUGGGGGAGGGUAUAUGCUUUCUUCAAAUCAAUUUAUUUUCUUGACAAGUCAGAGGGAGAGGAGGUCUAAAAGCUUAUGCGCC